GAAGCCUCUCGCCGCCAUUUUGCUUGUGGGCUGCCGCCCGCCGUUUCCUCUCCGCGGAGGCUCGAGGAUAACAAACUGGAGUCUGGCCUCCAGUGCUGGAUGAACCCGGUUGGGGUGACACUCGACGCCCACUAGGGGCUGAGGAGGCUCCAGUGCGCAGGCUCCGAGCACCGGAUAAAAGCGGAGCUGGCGAGUCCAGCGCCGUCUCGAUGGAGGAGCGAGAAACGGAAGAGGUCGGGGGGAGAAGCAGCCUGAUUAAUGCAGCCACCGUCAACGCCGCCUCCCUGCUACCGUGUUUCGGGGUAAAAAGCUGCCGUUGCCGCCGGUGCAGUUGCCGUUGCUGCCUCCUAUACUUCUCCUGGCCCCGGGGAAGGAUUUCCCUGCCGGCGGGACAAUUUACGGGGAGGGGAGCGGGAAUUCCUUAUGUGGCGGUGAUUAAACGAGGGAGGGACAGUGAGACAUUUAUCUCGAAGAAAAAAAUGGGGAAGACCAAAGAAUAAAACAAGGGUUUCCCCACUAAAAUAAUACUCCAGCUCUUGUUUUCGAGGUCUUUCCCCGAAAUGGCGGUUUCCGUCUUCCCCUUGCCCCACGGCGAUCCUGAGCGCUGGGUAAGCGGAGUGGGGCGAGGCAGAGGAGGUCUCGUCAGCCAAUCGGUGCCCGACGUGGUCUGUCGGACGCGUCGUAAUUGGCUAGCGAUGACCUCAUCCUGCAGUAGCGGGUGGGGCCAAAGCCGUAGGGGGAGACUGUUGCAAAGGCAGAGAGGGAGAAGUGACGAUGGGGAUCGUUGCUGCAGCGGCUGGUAUGGAACCCAAGCAGUGGCGAAGGGAAUCGCAAGGUUCUUCCCUAUUUUCUCCUGUCCCUGCGCGAGCAAAGGAAGCCUAACUACAAGGAUGACAAAUGUUGCUGAUAAGGAGAAAAUUGUUGGAAGAAUUGCUGCUACCACCCACCUUUGGCAAGGACCAGGACUUUCUGGACUAUUUGUCAUUCUAGAAGCCAGGAAAAUGUUCAUAGAUGUAUUCACAUGAUUAUGAUCUAAUUUACACCAGAAGGCAAAAUUUACCAUAUCCUGUAGAGACUUAAAGAACUUUAUAUGUAUUAACUUAUUUGAUCCACAGAACAACCCUAGGAAGUAGGUGCUUUAUCAUUCCCAUUUUACAGAUAAGGAAACUGAACCUUAGAGAACUUAAGUAACUUGCCCAAGGUCACAUAGCUAGGAAGAGGCAGAACCAAGAUCUGGAGGUAGAUCUUACCUCAAGGUCUACAACUCCUCACUCUUGCACCACACUGGCUUUUGUGGGAAAUGGGGAAUGAAAGUUUUUGAAGAUGCCUCCCCCGCCAAAAUAGAAGAAUAACAGGAACCAGUUUUCAUAAACAUCCAUACACCCAGGUUCAAAGCUUACCUAGGCCAGGGAUGAUCUAGAUGGCCUGGAAUAAGCCUUUUAGAGCUUGUCACUUCGUUCUAGGAAAAUGUUAUCCAGCCCCUUGUUCCUGGGCCACCCUCAGAGUGCUUUAUAGGCACUUCAGUUCCUGAGUUUAAAGCACAUUAAGGAACACAGAAAGAUAGCAAAGGAACCAAAUAAAACUAAUAAUAAAAUAAAGCUUGGCAAUUUUCAAAUCUUGUUGCAUAAUUCCCUGCUUGGGAAGAAAUGCUCAAAAAUCAACAGAAGGAAGAAAAAAAACAGGAUGUUAAAAAGCCCCUUUAUUAUGUUUUCAGAAGUUUACUGCCAGAUUAAGACUCUUUCUGCCAAAAAUAACAUGCCUCUUCCCUACAACCUACACAAUUUGAAGUUUUCUGGGAAUUUGGUGAGAUUUUGAGGGUGAAACCGUAAGUUCCCACCAAGUCCAUUUUCAAAAAGAAUGUCCCAGUGAUGAACAACACACACACUCGGAAGGAGCCCGUGGUGGGGGCAAUAGUCCUACAGCGCCUACUGUGAGUGAUUGUCACCUGAGGUGGGCACCUGACAUGGAGUCUCUUCAGUGCACCUGCAAUUAUUAUGGGUCUCCGACUGCAGGUCUCUGUCCUGAGGGCUGGGGAUGCAGGUUGACCCAAGAUCAUGAGGCUGUGGGAAGGGCCCAGGACUGGGACCCAAACAAAGCCAUGCUCAAAUGCUGCAUUCACUAUUUGCUAGUGGCAUGACCUCUCUGAGCAUCCCAUUUUCUCAUCUGUGAAAUAAGAACAAAAUAGUAUCCUGCAGGAUUGCCAUGAGAAUUAAAUGAGGUGUUGUAU